UUAUAGAUAAACGUACUACGUCCUUAUAUGGAAAGUCUGGAACAGCUGGGAAUCACUGUGUAGGCUUCCACUGUGGCUGUGAUGUCAUCGGGUGUGCUGUUUUAUGGACUACAUGCACUGAUGUGCUAGAUGCUCACUGCGAUGUGGAACACAGAGAAAGUAUGACGCUUGAUAAUAUGUCGCAGGAGACAAUUCUGGUGGAGGUGCCAGAGUCUACCUCCGACUUGAACGACACCGGCAACAGCGACAACAGUGACUUCCUUAGCCACGCUAUCACUAAUGUUCUCAUCACCAUCUUCGCUUGCAUCAUCAUCCUCGCAACCGUCAUCGGUAACCUCAUGGUUAUUGCUGCCGUUCUUGUAGAGCGACGACUACGUAAGGUGGGGAACACCUUUAUCAUUAACCUUGCUUUGAGUGACAUCCUCGUUGGAACGCUUGUCACCCCUAUGGCGUUGGCAUACCAGUUGAUCGGGGAGUGGAAGUUUGGACGCCCAUUUUGUGAUUUCUGGAUCUCCAUGGAUGUCAUAUGUUGUACGGCAAGUAUUGCUAACUUGUGUGUAAUCAGUUACGACCGAUUUAAUGCUAUCACCCAGCCACUGAGAUACGCCCGAAAGAGGACUUUCAAGAGGGCGAUGAUAUCGACACUGUCAGUUUGGGGAUAUUCUGUGUUGAUUGCUGUGCCCCCAUUUCUAGGGUGGCGGGAGACCAUUGAUGACACGCAUAUGAGCGAGUGCCAAAUCUCUCAAGAUAAGGGAUACACCCUAUAUUCUACCAUCGGUGCCUUCUAUCUGCCAUUGCUCUUCAUGCUGUUUUCUUAUAUACGGAUAUACAGGGUAACGAGUAGAAGGACUCGACAAUGGCGGAGAGGCCCUGGAUCCAGUAAAAUGAUAACGGAACGUCAUAGUGACCAGGAGGCUGCGAAUUUCAAACUUUUAAGUCUGAAAAAUUCAAAUGAGGUAUGUCCCACUGCCACCAACGCUGAACAAACUGUUCAAGAAAAAAGUAGCUCAACCCCGGAAUCACAGGUGCCUCCCCUCCCAACGUAUGGGACGUAUGGACAAACAGAUGCUAGUGAAAUACCCUGCCCCCCACGGCCCCCUUUCUCAGGCCCUCCCACCAGCUCCUCCCGCCCUCCUCGCUCAGCCUUCCCAAAGAAGUUGAUACGUCAGAUUUCAAACCUCCCGAGCAGUGACAGCAGUACAACUACUUCAACAUCAACGACUGCGAGCUCAGAGACAACAGCGGACAGUUUUCUCGAUAAAAGAGCUUCUAUAAAAACUGCAAUCCUACUGGAAAGAAAAGACUCAAUGUUCAAGGUCUUCCAAGAUUCUAACCCGAACUACAGAAAGAGUGUGACGUUCCUGAUGCCGGCUCCAGUCCCAGCUGAUGGCAGCAGUGAAGAGAAAGAUGUUUCUGUCGACGAAGUCUCUCGGUACACAGUCCACAUUAACAAAGACAACCGUCGUAAGAAAAAGAAAAUUUCUGUGUCUCAAGAAAAACGAGCUGCAAAAACACUUAGUAUUGUGAUGGGGUGUUUCAUCAUCUGUUGGCUUCCAUUCUUCCUAGUGGCCCUGAUCGAACCUUUGUGUACUGAUUGUGAACUCCAUCCUUCUUUGGUGGGAGUUGUCCUCUGGAUGGGAUACUGUAACUCGGCUCUCAAUCCUAUCAUAUACACAUUCUUCAAUAAAGACUUCCGGUACGCUUUCAAAAAGAUGAUAACUUGCGGCCAAAAGAAAACGGCUACACUGUUGUAAACUCCAAGCUUCUGUUCCAGAGGAUCUUACUGAUGCUGGUCUGCUGUUCUGGAUGUGACAUUUCCACAAGGCAAAUAGAUGCUCCCUCGACAGUGUGUGCCAUGGCCAUUUGUGUUGUGUUGUUAAAUCACAUGGAUUAAUGUAAAUCAUUAUCAAGGUCACGAAAGGAGACAAUGAUAACGCUGACCUCUGAGGAAGAGAACUCUCAAGCCUCCAAUCCCUACAUGUACAUUGGUCCUCUGUGUUUUAUGUAUACUUGGAAUACGGGUGUUAGCGAAGCUCGGUGACGAGGAGUGAUCUGAUCUCAAAAGGCUGUGAUUUUGAUGGACUGCUGUUGAUUUAUGUAUUUGUAACAAAACGAUUGAUAGAGAAAACUUUGUACACAAUUUAUCUUUAUCAUUAACUGAUAUAUUCCAAUUGACUGUUGCCAACUAGGACAUCUACUCGGUAUAUUCAUGCUUGUAACGCUUGAAACGCUGAUAAUGCUUGUCAUGAAAACUUGCUAAAAUUGUAUAAAUCUUCAGCUCGAAACGUUUUUCGAUGUCUGCAGUUCUUCCGCGUAUUUGGCUUGUUUAAUAUAUUGGUCUGAUAUACAUGCAUGGUAUUUUUUUCCAUUAUGGGGACAUUACAGUAUCGAGUUAAUGACUGAAAGAACGUAAACAUCCCUAUGGCACUGAGAAUUUAAGCCAGGGAAAUAUUUCAAAAAUUAUUUCUUCCUUAGAGUAUAUCUUCAUCUUUCAUAACUAUUCCAGCCAUUACUAGCAUGGAUGUAUCAGAGAUGAAGACAUGUACCAAUGUAUGGAACAGGGUCGUUUUUGUACUGACCUGGAAAUGCUACUGCAAAUAUUGUACGAAUGUCUAUACAUCACAUUGUUAAUCUGGUCCAUAAAUACACCACUAAGUCUUGUCAAGUUACUACACAGCGUCUAAUUAGCAUCCAAGCUGAAUUUAGAUACUGAUACUGAUCUUGGAAGUUUUACUACAACUUUUCGGUGUAAGAUGCGUUCGGUCCGCAGGUACGGGGCUGCUUGUUACGAAUCUGUCUGUCAAGGAUCUGUUAGUUACGAAUCUGUCUGUCACGGAUCUGUUAGUUACGAAUCUGUCUGUUACGCAUCUGCUUCACUGAACCGUUUGCUGCAGAUCUGUGAAUCACAGAUCAGACAGUUACGGAUCUGUGGGUCUGUGAAUCACAGAUCAGACAGUUACGGAUCUGUGGGUCUGUGAAUCACAGAUCAGACAGUUACGGAUCUGUCGGUCACAGA